AUGUCGGGGCUGCCAUCGCUAGCGAGGAGCGGUAGCAACUCAAGAAAUAAUACUAUAAACAAGCCAUUUAAGCGUACUACUCGGUUUGUUUCAAAUGAUACCGAUAUAAUUCCUCAAUUAGAAUCUGAAAGAGACGAAUACGUUAAGUAUGCGAAUCACUUAAUGAGAGAAACAGAUUCUAUUCUUAACAGUAAUGAAAUUUUGCAAAAUGAAUUAAAUGCAACUCUAUCAAAAUAUGUGGAAUUACAAAAAUCUAUUGCAAAUAUUCAGGAAGAACGAAAUAACACAAUAAAAAAGAAAGAUUCAUCGUAUAGACGAUUGAGAAAAUAUCAAGAAAGUUAUGAAAAUUCGUUAGAUAAAGAUUACCACCAAGAUUUGAAGGUUAAAAUCGACCAAUCACGAAAACAACUCGAUGAAAUGCUAGAAAAAUACAAUUCGCUUGAGAAUAAGUACAAAAAAGAACAAGAAGUCGUCCAAUUAAUCAUUGAUUACAAUUUUACAUCAAAAGAUCUUAUUAAAAUGAAUAAAGAACUGACAGAGGAAGUAUGGAGACUUCUUGGAUUACUUGAGCAAAACAAAUCCUUCUUAACUACAUCCCACAAACAAUUUUUAUAUAAUAUUCGACUUCAAGUUCAAAAGAACGAGCAGAACAACAAAAAUAUUAUCGAAGAUAAUACAGCGAACAAUGAAUCAGGAGCAGAUCCUUUUGCAGAAUUAGAUAAACAAUUAGCUCAAUUAGAACCAGUUUUUCAAGAUUUUCAUGAUGUUCUUACUAAUCCUUCUCGAAUACAGAGUGGAAUGACCUCGAGUUUACUAUUUUCAGAGACUUCUUCUUCAACUUUUGAGUCAGAUUCUCUGAGAUCUCCUUCAAAGCAAAAUCAAGAGAAAUUAAUUACGUAUAUUAGAGCUCCAUCAAAUACAGGCAAUAUUACGCCUCACAGAGCUACUUCUUCUCGAAAAUAUUUCGAAAAUUUAUCCUCGCAGACAAAUAACAGUUCAGUUUCGUCCAAAGCACCCAUUGACUUGAAUGGAGAAGAAUUGUCAAGCGCUUCGAUUGCUGACGAAUACUCACCUCGCAGAAAAAAUCAAAGAUCAACACCAACAACUCCCAAGCGGCCAAGCGCUAUCAUAAAGCAACCUCUUAAACAAAAGCCAUCAACUCCUAGAAGAAGCAGGAGCAAAUCCCAGAAAAAUCCUGGUGAAUUAGAUAUUCAAAUGGAAAGUGCCGACGCAUGUCCGAAAAGUCCGUACAAAGUUCAGUUACUUAUGGAUGUUGAUGACUCCAGAAAGUUCGAAAGCUCUAAACCAGUUCAAGAACCUCAAAAUCCGAUCGACAAAUCCGAAAUCGCGAGAAGAAUGAGGGCAGAAGAGGAAGCGAAGAAGAAACUUGCAGAAGAGAAGCAAAAGCAAGAUAAUGAUGAAGAAGAAACAAAGAGAAAGAUACAAGAAGCAAUAAAAAGAGCUGAAGAACAAGAGAAAAAGAGGAAAGAGGAAGAACAAGAAAAACAAAGACAAAAUGAAAAGGAUAAACAGGAAAUAGAGAACAGACUGAAGCAACUCCAGAAAGAGGAACAAGAAAAGAAAGAAAUCGAAGCGAAACAACUCCAAAAAGAAGAAAAUUCCAGAAAAUUAGAAGAAGAAAAACAAAAGAAGAAAUUAGAGGAAGAAAAGGCAAAACAAUUAGCUGAAGAAGAAAGAAAGAGAAAAGAAGAGGAAGAAAAACAAAAGAAAUUGGCUGAGGAACAAGAGAAAAAACAAAAAGAAGAAGAGGAAGAAAAGAAGAAACAAGAUGAACUUCAAAAGAAGAAAUUAGAGGAAGAAAAAGCAAGAAAAUUAGCUGAAGAAGAAGAACAAAAGCGAAUUGCAGAUGAACUCAAAAAGAAACAAGAAGAAAAGAAAUUGGCUGAAGAAAAAGAAAGAAAACAAAAAGAAUUAGAAGAACAAAAACGUAAAGAAGAAGCCAAACAAUUAGCUGAAGAACUCAAAAAGAAACAAGAAGAAGCAAGGAAAUUAGCUGAAGAAGAAGAGAAAAAGAGAAAAGAAGCAGAAGAACUCAAAAAGAAACAAGAGGAAGAAGAAAAGAAGAGAAAAGAAUUAGAAGAACAAAAACGAAAAGACGAAGAAGAAAAAGCCAAACAAUUAGCUGAAGAACUCAAAAAGAAACAAGAAGAAGAAGCAAGGAAAUUAGCUGAAGAAGAAGAGAAAAAGAGAAAAGAAGCAGAAGAACUCAAAAAGAAACAAGAGGAAGAAGAAAAGAAGAGAAAAGAAUUAGAAAAACAAAAACGAAAAGACGAAGAGGAAAAAGCCAAACAAUUAGCUGAAGAACUCAAAAAGAAACAAGAAGAAGAAGCAAGGAAAUUAGCUGAAGAAGAAGAGAGAAAAAGAAAAGAAUUGGAAGAGAAGAGAAAGAAGGGAGCAGAGGCAGCGGAGUCUUCAAUUGCUGGAGCGCAGAGAGAUGCAGAUUCAGCGAGGAAGUCAGCAGAAAUCACUGCACAAGCUGUCUCAGGUUUCAUUGACGACGAAAUUCUUUCUUUCGACUUCGACAUCGGAAAAAUCAAAAACGAAAUCGAUGCUGAGUGCGAACACGAGAAACAAAAGGCAAAAGACAGUGGAUUUGAUUCAGAAUCAGCAGAAAAAGCAGCAUCAGACAAAAGAAAUGACUUAAUCAAAGAUUUCAUCGAAGAAAACUCACAAUCCAAAGAAAACAAUCAAAAUCUCCAACAAGAACUAUCUGUUCUUUCCCAAAUCGUAGCUGGAGAGGACUUCCUCGAACCAGAAAACGCGAAACUCAUAGAGACAACAGCACAAGAAUGCAGAGUCAAAGUGGAAGAGGAAAUGAAAAAUGUCGGUGUCCCAGAACAAGAACAGAAAAACGCUGGUGAACAAGCGGAAAACCUCGCAAGAUACCACGCAAUUAAAGAGUUCACAGAAGCAGCGAAAUCAAUCACAAUGAACAAAGCGAAAGAAAAAGGAAUUGACGACGAAAAAGCGAAGAAACUUGGAGACAUCGCAGCACUGGACGCAAAGGAAAGAGCAAAAAAAUACAACACGAAAAACAAUGAAGAUGAAAUGAGAAAACAAGUUGAAAAGUUCUUCGAAAACGAAGAAAGAAAAUCACUCAUAGAAGACACAGUCGAAGAAGCAAGAAACAACGCAAUAAACGAAGCAAAAGAAAAGGGUUUCAAUGAGGAAAAACAAAAGGAAAUUGGUGAAAGAGUUGCUUCAGAAACUAAACAGAAACUAGAGGAAGAAUUCGAACUAGAAGACCAAAUCGCAGAAAUUUAUUCUUUCGCUGAAGAUCAAAAACAAAAAGAAAUCGAAAAAAGUGACAAAAAUUUGACACCUGCAGAAAAAGAAAAACUUGGAGAGAUUGCCAAAAACAAAGCCAAAGAAGAGUAUAUAGAGAGACUGGCCAACUUUGCUAAAGCACGCGCGAUGAAAGAGAGCAAACAGAAAGGUUUAGAUGAAGAACAAACGAAGAAAAACGGAGAAGAAGCGAAAGAAAGGAAGAAAAGAGAUUUGGAAGAGAAGAAACUGAAGAGACCGUUCCAGGCAAUAGUCCUCAAGGACCAGAGCGAAAGAUACUUCGAUAGAAUGAACAAUACUCCUCUCGCAAAAGCCGAAAAAGUUUAUAAUUCGCAAAUAAAUUCGAAACCAAAGAAAGUUUGCGAAGAAAAUGCCAAAAAUGAAAUAAAAAGAGCUGUGUUGGAUGAUGAAAAGAAGGCAAAAGAGGGUGAAUCAGCUGCAGAGAUGAAGAUAAGAGAGUUUGGAGAAAUAAAUGAUCCACAAAAGAAGGCAGAAAAAGUAAAUAAAGAGUUUUUGAGAAGAAAACAAAUUGAAAAUUCUGAUCCGAAAGAUGUCGAAAAAAUCAUCAAAGAAGCAGCUGAAGAUGCAAGAAAAGAUGCUGAGAAUGAUGCUAAAUCACGCGGAUUGAAUCAAAAUUCACAGAAAAUUGCAGGAGAAAUAGCUGCAAAUCAGAUGAGAAAGAAACUGCAGAAUUUUGCUGAUAAUUUACAUAAAAAAGUCGAUUCUUCGAAAGUGGCAAAUGAAGGAAAAGCUUGCGAAAAAGAAGCAAAAGAAAACAGCGCAGUCGAAGCAAAGAAGAAAGCAGAAGAAGCCAAAGAAGCAAUGAAACAGAAAAUAAUUCAAGAUCUAAUCAAAGAAGAAGAGAGAAAGAAGAAAGAGGCUGAAGAAGCUGCUAAAAAGAAAGCUGAAGAAGAAAAAAGACUUGCUGAGGAAGAAGCCAAGAGAAAAGCUGAAGAAGCUGCUAAAAAGAAAGCUGAAGAAGAGAGAAUCAGGGCCGAAGAAGAAGCCAAGAGAAAAGCUGAAGAAGAAAAAAGACUUGCUGAAGAAGAAGCAAGGAAGAAAGCUGAAGAAGAAGCCAAGAGAAAAGCUGAAGAAGAAGCAAGAAAGAAAGCUGAAGAAGAAGCUAAGAGAAAAGCUGAAGAAGAAGAAGCUAAGAGAAAAGCUGAAGAAGAAGAAGCCAAGAGAAAGGCAUUAGAGGAAGAAGAGGAAAGGAAGAAGAAAGAAGCUGAAGAAGCUAAAAGACUGGCUGAGGAAGAAGCCAAGAGAAAAGCUGAAGAAGAGGCAAGAAAGAAAGCUGAAGAAGAGGCAAGAAAGAAAGCUGAAGAAGAAGCAAGAAAGAAAGCUGAAGAGGAAAGGAAGAAGGCUUUGGAGGAAGAAGAAAAGAAGAAGAAAGAAGCAGAAGAAAAGGCAAAACAAAGGGCUGAAGAAGAAGCAAGAAAGAAAGCUGAAGAAGAAGCAAGAAGAAAGGCAUUAGAGGAAGAAGGAAAAGCAAAACAAAAAGCCGAGGAAGAGGCGAAGAAAAAGGCAGAAGAAGACAGAAUCAAAGCUGAAGAAGAUGCAAAAAAGAAAGCUGAAGAAGAAAAGAUGAAGAAAGAAGCCAAACAGAAAGAAUUAGAUGAAGAAAAGAAGAAAGCAUUAGAAAAAGAAAGAAUCAAAUCUGAAGAAGCAAAACAAAAGGAUUUAGAUGAACAAAAGAGAAAAGCUGCUGUUGAAGAAGCCAAAAAACAAGAAGAGGAAGAUGGAAAGAAGAAUAAAGAAGUUGAAGAAGCAGAUAAAAAGAAAUCUGAUGAAGAGGCAAAACAAAAUGAAGCAGAAGAUGGAAUGAAGAAUUCAGAAGACAGUAAACAGAAUCAAAAAGAACCAGAAACAGUUGAACAAAGAGAUUUUGCUUCAGUCAUCAAAGAAAAACUUUCCCAAGACAAAGAACCGAAUAAUCCAGUUGAUGAAAGUAAAGAAACUAAAGAUCAAAGUAAAGAAAGUGAAUCUAAACCUGGAAAAGAAGAAAGUAAAGUUUCUGAUUCCAAAUCAGAUGAAAAGAAACAAGAAACAGUUCCAGAAGAAAAACAAGGAAAGAAACAAGAAAACAAUGCAAAAGAAGAUGGAACUAAACAAAUUCAAGAGAAUGAAACAGAAUCAAACAACAAACAAAAUGAAAUUGAUGAACAACAAAAUAAAACUGAAUCUGAAGAAAAGAAACAACCUGUAAUUGUUUUAAUUCCUCUUUCAAACAAAACAGAAAAGGAAGAAGAAAACAAACCCAGAAAAGAAGAUCAAACAAAUCAAAAUGAACAAAAGAAAGAAACAGAACAAAUUAAUAAGAAAUCUCCAGAAGAUUCAAAACAAAAAGAAGAAGAAAAACCAAAUAACAAAGAAGAAAAGAAAUCUCUAGAAAAUAACAAACAAAAUGAAGAAAAGAAAUCUUCAGAUGAUCAAAAGAUUAAAGAACCAGAAACUGAUCAAAAGAAAUCUUUAGAAGAAAAAUUAAAUCAAGAUGAAUCAAAACCUUCUUCAGAAAACAAGGAAGAAACUAAAAGUGAUAAAGAUCUUUCUCAACUAACCAGUAAACAAAAUCAAAGCGAAACAAAACCAGAAAAUCAAAAAGAAGAAGCAAUUAAAUCCAACAAAGAUCUAAAUCAACAAUCACAAAACAAGGAACCAAAUCAAAAGGAAGAUGAAGCAUCUGAUAACAAAGAAAAACAAGAAAAUAAAUCAGAAACAAAUAUUAAAGAGCCAGAAAAAGAACAAAAAUCUUCUUCAGAAAAACCAACCAAUGAAACAAUCAAAAGUAACAAAGAUCUAAAUCAAAUCAAGAAAGAAGAAACUGGAGCAAAACCAGAAACUCAAACAAAAGAAUCUGUUAAAAGUAACAAAGAUCUAAAUCAGCUUAACAAUAGUCAAAAUCAAAAGGAAAAUAAACAAGAGAAUCAAGAAUCAAUUAAAUCCAACAAAGAUCUUAAUAAUCAAAAUGAUCAACCAAAACAAAAUCAAAACGACAUUAAAAAAGGAAGUCCAAAUAAUAAAGAAAAUCAAAAGGAAGAAGCAAUCAAAUCAAAUAAAGAUCUUGGAAAACAAAAUCAAACAAAUCAAAACAACAAUGAUUCUGUGAAAAGUCAAAAAGAUCUUGGAAAACAAAAAGAAGAAACACAGUCGAAACCACAAAAUCAAAAUGUUGAAUCAGUUAAAUCCAGCAAAGAUCUUACAAAACAACCACAAACAAAUCAAAACGAAGCAAUUAAAUCAAAUAAAGAUCUCGGAAAACAAAAUCAAACAAAUCAAAGCAACACAGAAUCAGCGAAUUCAAACAAAGAUCUUACAAAACAACCACAAUCACAAACAAAAGAAUCAGUUAAAGAUGUAGGAAAACAAAAGGAAGAAACAACAAAAACUGAUAAACCAAAUACAAAAGAAGACAAAGUCAACAACAAAGAGAAAGAACCAGUGAAGAACAAUCAAGAUGAAGCAAAGAAAGCUGCAGAAGAGAUGAAGAAGAAGCUGGAUGACGAAAUUAAAAAGAAAACUGAUGAAAAAUCAAAUCUCGGAAAGAAUCCUGAUUACGAGUAUACUCUACACAGAGGAGACAUAGAAAACAAUAAGAACCAAUACCCCGUUCAAGAGCCAUCAGAGUCAAACAACAAAAGCAGACGCCAUCACCAGUCAAGUGAAGAAAGACUUGAUUUGGCCGGCCAAUCAACAAGUGAAAAGACUUUUUCAUCAGUUACUCCACUUCGAACUCCAAAACUGAAGCAUUUCGAUGACAACGCAGUCUACAAAGUAAACGAUUACGAAGAAGAGGAAGAAGAAAAUAAUCAACCAUCUAAUUUGAAUAGUUUACAAAAACUACCAACAACCGUUGCCAUCAGAAAAAUCAGACCAAACAAAAACAACUCUAGAAGGAGGCGUAGAGUUCAUCUGUCAGAUUCAGAGAAACAGAAACUCCGAAAUAAUCCAAAUUCAAUCAAAGGAGUUCAUUUGAUCCACAAAACAAUUAAAAAACCGUUACAAAACAAUUCAAAAUUGAAUGAAAAAAAUUUGAAUGACGAAGGUGACGAUGAUGAAGACACGAAAGCGUUUCCUAAACCAAACAUCGACUACAAAUCCAUGACUCCGCAGAGUUUGAUCCUUUCUCCUCCUUUGAGUCCGAGUGCGAUCAAAUUUGUUGAAGAAGAGUUCUCAGAGAUACCAGAAACGCCUCCCCCGUCAUUAAUGAGCCCUACUAAUAAGGACUUCAUCAUCAGCGCACGAAGGAGACUGAGAAGAAACUUAUUAUUGAAAAUUAAAAUCAAAGGAAUGGAGAAAUCCCUUGCGAAAUACGAAGCAGACAUCCAAUCUCUUCAUGACCAAUACGCUCUCAUCGCUUUCGAGCAGAAACUGGAGCGAGAAAGACUCAGAAUUGACACCGCAACAAUUUCUUUGACUUUGACAGCCAUGGAUUCGAAACCAUUGACACACUCAAUUGGUACAGAUCCAAUCAGAAACACAGACGACAUAGACAAAGUCAAAGAAAGCAUCAAAGCGAAGAAGGACGAAAUCAACAAUUUCUCUCAGUUCACAGAGAAACACGAGAUGCUUAAUAAAAUCAGAAAAGACUCAAAGACACAGGAACUCGAGUUAAAGCGAAGACAGAACGAAGAAUUGGACACAACAAUCAAAGGUUUGGAAGAAGAAAUUGCUAAAAGAAAAGGCGACAUCUCUGAUGAAGAAUUCAAACGCCAGGAACUCAGAAGGACAUUGGAAGAGAACUACGCGAAACAGAGAACAGAAAUCAUUGACUUGGACAAAAAGAUAGAAGAAAGCAACCAAAUCUUGAACCAUUUGACAACAAAAGUCAAUGAUCAUCGCUGGAUUUUGGAUUCAAAGACAAAAGAACUCGCACAGGAAAGAAUAAAGUGCAAGCCUGAUGUUCCAAAACUAUACAAAGAAUUCGAGAACAACAAGAAACUCAAAAAACAAGAGGAAGAUAAAUUGAGAAAAUUGCUCUCUGAAGAUGAAAAUUUAACGAGAACUCUCUCCGAAUGGAAGCUUAGAUACGGACCAUCUGCAAGACAACAGCUGGAAAAUGAAGUCAAGCAGCUCGAGCAGGAGCUGAAAGAAGCAAAUUGUCCGCCUAACUUCAAUAUCGAUUUGAAAGAAAUCGAAAAUUUGCAAAUUCAGUUCCAAAGAGAAAUAAGAUCCCUGGAUAAAGAUAUCGCUAGAACGAGAUAUGAAAUUGAAGCACUCAAGAGAGGAAUGCCACAACAGUUAAGAGCACAAGUGCCUCAAUACAUCAGAACAAGUCAAUAA